AUGGAAGAUCAGACCAAGCAGGGCUUAGCAGACCCUAUGUGCCUAGAAGUGGAAUCCAACCAAUACAUGGGUAACCGUGGAAGACACCAGGUGGACUUCUUGGAGGAAAUGGCAGACCCAGGGGACAUUUCAUUGGACAGCCUGAUCUUUCAGAGACCAGAGGAUGGGAUCUCCUAUCAGAAGAGGGGAGGAGGACCAGCAUCCUCUGAUAACAAUGAGCUGGAGAAUGUCCUUGACUCCAUCCUGGACACCUCAGCCUCCAGUCACCUCCACCCAUGGGCUGAUUAUGUCAUUCCAGAGUUCCAGGAAAUCUCUGUGACAUCUGCAGCCUUGACCAAGACUCUUGGUGACCACACAGCUGAUAAAGAGGAGGUUGGAGUUUGGACUGGGGCCACCGCAGCUGAAAAUAAGAGCAUUCCUUCUUUAGUGCCUAAAGAGCAGGACAAAGCCACCCUGGAGUAUACUAUAGAAAAUCAGUUGGAAGGGAAGGGUAGGAGCCAUGGAUUGUUGGCCUCUAGGCAUCCACCUAUGCCACCUGUUGGAAGUGCCGUAUAUCUGCCUGCUCAUUCCAGGCACAUUGAGGACAAUGAUGACUGUGACCAAAAGUCUUCUCCAUGCUCAUCACAGCAUUUAUCCCCAUACCCAUGUCACAGUUCCUCACACCAUGAUGGUAAAGUCAAACAGGAAGACACCUUGUACCCAGAUUAUGGAAUACCAUCGUCAAGUCCUACAGCGCCAGGUCCUGACUGUUCUCUGGAAUAUAUUUGCAAAACUGAGACUACAGCAGCAUAUGAAAAUUUCAGAUCUACCCUAGGUAAAUCAUGCGAUAACACGACUCCUGUUUUACCCACUUCUUCUACUUCUUCUCAAAAACCUCUACCAGCCCCUGAGCCUCAAUGUCCAUCAGCAAAUUUCCUACCAAUCAGGAACUGUAAAAAAUGCCUUCGUACCCCAAAUUCAUCUAUCCUAUGA